UGGUUCUGGUCGAGUGUGGAAUGGCCCGAGCCUCUAUCAGCGGUCGUGGAAGACACGUUGCGCGUGCCCAUGGUCUGCACACCGACUCCAGAAAGCACGUCUGGUCGCGGUGCUUCAGUGGCUCCCAAGACUCCAAGCUAAUCGCACCAUUGCUCGAUUUUGUCGCGUUUCGCCGUGCUUUCAUUGUGAUACAGUGCACUUCGCAGACUACCUUUCUCUGAAGUACAGUGAAAAUUACCAGUGCACGUUAUUCUCCGUGGAGAUUUGGACGAGACACUCGGGCGGAAAAAAGAAAAAUGGCCACAGACACGCUGAGCGAGCGGCUGUCCAGCAAGCUUCACCUGCAGACCAAGACCGUGGGCGAGGAGAGGAUAAAAAGGGCGAAAGAGAAGGACGAGGAUGUCGCGAUAUUCAGCAUGUUCCCCAUGGAGGGCGACCCUAAGUUCAGGUGCUGCCUGGGGAAGGACUGCGUCUUGGGUGACCCCAAGAAGGCGGAACCAGGUACGAAGAAGAUGGAGUACAAGACCAGACAGUGGCACGAGAAGUGUUUCUGCUGCGUGGUGUGCAAGAAUCCGAUCGGAACGAAGAGCUUCAUUCCGCGGGAACAGGAGAUCUACUGUGCAGGAUGCUACGAGGACAAGUUCGCCACUCGGUGCGUCAAGUGCAACAAGAUCAUCACUAGCGGUGGCGUGACGUACAAGAACGAGCCGUGGCACAGAGACUGCUUCACCUGCAGCAACUGCAACAAUUCCCUUGCUGGACAACGAUUCACUUCGCGCGAUGACAAGCCGUACUGCGCCGACUGCUUCGGGGAGCUGUUCGCCAAGAGAUGCACCGCCUGCUCCAAACCGAUCACCGGCAUUGGCGGCACUCGCUUCAUCUCUUUCGAGGACAGGCAUUGGCACAACGACUGCUUCAUCUGCGCGGGCUGCAAGACUUCGCUAGUCGGCCGUGGCUUCAUCACCGACAACGAGGACAUCAUCUGCCCCGAGUGCGCCAAGAUGAAGCUGAUGUAAGGCGUCGAGCACCGAUAUCGAACAAACGAAGAAAAGGUGGAAGAAGGGUGGAGAGAACCGAACCAACGAAGAUCCACUGGUCCCACAGUUCGACGCGGACAGGCCAUCCUCCCCCCCGCUGACGAUUCCUCCCCCUUUGGAACGAGAAGACUCCGUUCCUUAAACAGAAACAAAAAAUAUUAACAUAAACGAUCGAGUUUAAUCGCGAACAAUAUUUGAUUGGAAGCUGUCGUUCGACGGCGAUUUCAGGAAUCCGGCGCCGAUGGGGAUCACCGUGUCUUUACCCACUCCUCGAGUAUAUUUUCAGGAAAUAUAUAAUAUACGUCUCUCUGUAUACCCAUAGCUGGGAGACACGGUGAUUCCCAUCUAGAACCGCGGAAAAAAAUACACCCGUCUGGGACGAUCUCUUCGUGUCGAUCGUGCCUCGAGAAGCGAGCCCCGAUCGCUCUUCGUUCAUCGAGGUCGAGUCUUUGGGGAUCGCUUCUCAGCUUCGUAGUUUUAGAGGCCGUAGUCGUUUGUGAUUUUUCAAUCUCUCCGUCGCUCGAUUCUCGUUGAAAAUCGAGACGAGCCGCUAACGUAGGGACGAAACGAACAAUGCCUUGAAGAGUCCGUGAAUAAAACCGCCUUAAACGUAAUUACUAUCGUCGGGAGUCGUUACAUUGUGUUGAUUAGAAAAGAACGAAGCCGCGUACCGUCGUGAAUUGUUAUUAACGUUAUUGUUUUAUUAUUAUUAUUAUUAUUAUUUUCUUUUCGCUUACUCGCGACGAGCUAGGGGAGAGGAACGAUCGCGAUUAACGCAAGGAAAAUGAAGAUGAAUCCUAUAUAUAUAUAUACAUAUAUAAAUAUAUAUAUUCUUAUCGAAAACUAAAUUUGAUAUACGUACCGUAAAUAAUGUUAUUUUUAUUUAACUUAAAACUCACGCGAAUAGACCGACACUCACACACACACUCACACGUGGACAUGUCAUACACACACACAGACACGCCGACGCACCCCUUCGCUAAGCGACACUGUACAGUAAGACUCGUGCGAACACCGAGAAUGUAACGAAACGGUGGAAUCCCAAGAUGGCUCGCGUGCAGGAUCGCGUGGGGGUUCUAAAACUCGCCUACGACCAAGGAAGACCUAGGUACCACGUUAAGAGACCUAGUUCGUCAAGCUUAAACUCUGAAUCCUUCAACCUGAUCCUUAAAACCUAGGACCGAGACCCUCGAGGACCAAAACAAUCCUGACAUCUAGACCUAGGGAUUCGGAUUUUUCGGGUCCAAGCACCUUCAACUCCGUACCUUCCUCUGCCCUCCAACGAAAGCUGGUCUCUGCACCCGAGCCAAAAAAUUAACGCAUGUGCUCGUGCGCCAACCAAGAUGGUUUACGACAGGGACGAUCGACCUUCUCCCUCGAUCGCUACUGUUUUCUCUGUCUAGAGAAAUAAUAGUAUUAAAAGAAACACGAAUAAUCACACGCACUCACGACACGCAUCAACGGGACGAGUGUGCGGGCACGCACACGCGGAAAACACUAAUUGUGGCCUUAUCCGCACGAGUACAUAGGUGGUAACUAACUUCUUACAAAAUAAUUAUCGUUACAUCGGUAAACUGGACCGAAGGACAGUAACUUGUCGUACUACUAGCGCUCGUAGCGAUGGAACGACGAAACACGUUUCGUUCUGUCGUUGACGGGCUAGUAGUUCGAUAGAGAAUUGUGCUUUGGUCCAUUGUACCUAUUAGAACUUUAUUACACAUCGUCGACGCGAGAAAGAAAUAGCGUGCAAGCGAACGGGCGAACAAACGGUAGCGUGGACCUCUAUAGAGACGAAAGAACAACAAAAAAAUACAUUCGAAAAUGGUUUAAAAAAUAAAAAAAAAUAUAUAGAAGAGAAACGUUCGACGCGCGAACAACAAAGGAUCGUGAUGACCAAUAAAUUACACGUGCUAUAUAAUGUAUGUUCUUACCGAUCACUCACAUACUAAUCGCCUUAAUUAGUAAACGAUAAAGAGCAGAGAUUAUUCUAUAUUCAGCGUAUCGUAUACACUGUUAUACUGUGAAAUUGAUAAAUAAAUAAAUGUAAUUAUUUACAA